GGCGGCAAAGUUUCCCCGGUUCAGUGUUGACUUGUGUAGACGACGUACAUUGCUGGCACCAGCUUUACUUAAAUUUAUCAAUCCAAUCUGAUAAACCUUAAUAAUUUAAAUAAGUGUAUUUUAUAAAUCGUGCUGUGUAAUUUUGCGCCAUAUGAGGACCGCGAUUUUUAAUUUCAAACUAAAUUCCUAUUCUUCCUCUUCUUUUUCUUCUUAAAUUUCUCCCACUACAAAUGGCGGGCUUUCAAAAUAUCGUGGUAAUUUUUAUAGGAAUACUUACAGUAGCAGCCGCUAUUUCUUAUGACGAAGUCCUCAGCGACGCACUUGGAGAUGCUCUGAAUGACGAUGAGUUUGCAAUAAGUUUAAAACAUUUGAAAUUCAAAAAAAGUGAACAUGGAGGUACGGAAACGCUGAUUGCUGCUAAAUAUCCAGAUCCAAAUACUAAAUUUAUUUUUAUGCUUGACCGGCGUACCAACACAAUACUGCUGGAAAUUGUUGAAGAAGGAAAAAAAGGAAGGCAAGAUUUUCAAGUGGGCAGUCUUAAUGUAACCCAUCCAAUAAAAAGUAUUAUAUUUCUUGUCCAUCAAAAUAAAGAAAACUCGCGAGUCGACGUUUAUGUUAAUUGCAACAAUCAAGGCGCUAUUCCGAUCAGAAAAACACUGAGAGAUGUUUUCAAUGAGGGAACAGAUUCUGUAUUUCGAGUGUACAAAGAGAGAAAGUAUCAUACGAAAAUACACAAAAGCUCGGAAAUUUCGGAAUUAUGGGAACGAGAAGGCUGCCGCACAAAUCUUGAGGAUGUUGAGUACAAAACAAAUCACAGCACGACUAUUUCCCGUGUCCGUCGACGUGGAGACAUUGGAAUCCAUACAAUUGACGAUUUAAAUUGUAUUGGAGAGGGAACUCUCAUAAAAACUCUCAACGAACUAAUAGAAGUUACUAAAAAAAUUUGGAGCGAAGUAGAAAAAAAUACUGAAGAAACUCGAUUUAUAAGGAGAUUAAUUGAAGAGUGUGCGGCUUGCCGUCCAGGAUUUCACGUCGUGGCCACAACAACACCAGCACCACCACCACCACCUCCACCGCGGCCAUCAUGUAGACAUCAAAGUCCAUGUUACCCAGGUGCCCAUUGUCGUGAUACUGAAGGAGGUCCUGAGUGUGUGGGAUGUCCUCAAGGAUACAUUGGAGAUGGUCGGCAUUGCCAGAGAGUUAAAACAUGUAGUGACAAUCCUUGUUUCCCGGGGGUAAGAUGUCAAAAUACAAGAAGUGGAUACAGAUGUGGACAAUGUCCGUCUGGGUACACUGGAAAUGGAGAACACUGCCAGCGAGUAAGAGGCUGUGACUUGAAUCCCUGCCAUUCCGGAGUAACCUGUCAUCCAACUCAAGAGUAUCCGUACUACAAGUGCGGCGCGUGUCCUGAAGGCUACACCGGAAAUGGGACCAAGUGCCAGGACAUUGACGAGUGCGAUCUGACUCAGCCCUGCGACCCAAGAUCUCAGUGCAUCAACAUCUCCCCAGGAUACAGAUGUCGACCCUGCCCCUCGGGAUUCACUGGAUCCGAGUCCGAGGGUAUUGGAAUCGAGUUCGCUCUCAGGAACAAGCAGAUCUGCCAGGACAUUAACGAGUGCGAUGAUGGACGAAAUGGAGGCUGCGUCCCAAAUUCAGAGUGCAUCAACACCAAGGGGUCAUUCAGAUGUGGAUCAUGCAAAAUAGGAUUUGUUGGCAAUCAAACUGUUGGAUGUCGUCCAGCACACAAUAUAUGUCCUGACAGAAUAACUGUGUGCGAUGAAAAUGCUGAUUGUAUUUGCAUUGCUGUUAAUCAAUACACUUGUCAAUGCCAUAUUGGCUGGGCAGGCAACGGAGUAAAGUGUGGAGUUGAUUCUGAUAGCGAUGGGCAUCCAGAUGAGGAACUGAUACUUGAAAACCAUGAAAUAAUUCCGGCAGAUAAUUGUAGAUAUGUACCAAAUAGCGGACAAGAGGACUCUGAUAACGAUGGCUACGGUGAUUCUUGUGAUGAUGACUCUGAUAAUGACGGUGUACUCGAUUCCUCAGACAACUGCCCGUUUCAUCACAAUCCCAAGCAAGAAGAUACUGAUCGGGAUGGUCCUGAUGGGCGUGGUGACGCCUGCGACAAUUGUCCGUCGAAAUUUAAUACCGAUCAGAGAGAUACUGAUGGGGAUGGUAUUGGUGAUGCUUGUGACAAUGACAAGGACAAUGAUGGAAUAUUGGAUGAUGACGAUAAUUGUCCGAUGAAGGAAAAUCAAGAUCAGCGUGACUCUGACGGUGAUGGGGUUGGAGAUGCUUGCGACAACUGUCCAGCCAUUCCCAAUCGCAACCAGGAAGACGAGGACAGAGACAGAGUUGGUGAUGCCUGCGAUGACGGUCAUGACAGAGACAAAGACGGGAUUCAAGAUAAUAUUGAUAACUGUCCGGAUAUUCCAAAUUCUGAGCAAACGGACUCUGAUCAUGACGGCAUUGGUGACGAGUGUGAUGAUGAUGCUGACAAUGACGGCGUGCCCAAUCAUUUUGACAAUUGUCGGUUUGUUUACAAUCCAUUGCAAGAAAAUUCACGAGGAGGCGGAUUUGGUGACGCUUGUUGGGAUGAUAAUGACAAUGACACUAUCAUAAAUAUACGUGAUAAUUGUCCGAAUAAUAGUCAAGUAUGGACGACUGAUUUUCGUAAAUAUGAAAUAAUCGCACUGGAUCCAGAAGGCGAAGCCCAAAUAGAUCCCAAGUGGCAGAUUCAUCACAACGGAGCUGAAAUUGUUCAAACUCAAAAUAGUGAUCCUGGAAUAGCUGUCGGAUUUGACAGUUUUACUGGAGUUGACUUUGAAGGAACUUUCUACAUUAAUACGGAAAUAGAUGACGACUACGUCGGUUUUGUGUUUUCAUAUCAAAACACACACAGAUUUUACUCAGUGAUGUGGAAAAAAAAUACUCAAACUUAUUGGCGUGCUACUCCAUUCCGUGCAGUUGCUGAGCCGGGAAUUCAAUUGAAACUCAUUGACUCAGAAACAGGUCCCGGUAAAAUAAUGCGGAAUAGUUUGUGGCACACUGGAGACACAAAUAAUCAAGUUAAAUUACUGUGGAAGGAUCCAAGAAAUGUCGGCUGGAAGGAGAAGACUUCUUACAGAUGGCAACUGAUACACAGACCCAGUAUUGGACUGAUAAGACUCUGGAUCUUUGAAGGGCCACGUCUGAUUGCCGACUCUGGGAACGUCUUCAACUCAGCCCUCAAGGGCGGACGUCUCGGGGUCUUCUGUUUCUCUCAGGAAAUGAUUAUUUGGUCAGACUUACUUUACAAGUGUAAAGAGAGUGUACCUGAAGCCGUCUGGCGCGAAUUGCCCUCAAAUUUACAAUCUAAAAUAAACAUCGACCCAAGUAAUCCUAAAAUAUCGAGGCUCCAACGGCCUCUACACGACUAAACAAUAAUAUUUAAUAAUUUAACAAAUUAAUAUAUACAUUAAAUAAUAAUAAUAAUUAUAUAUAUAUAUUUUUUUUAUAUUAAAAAAUAAAUAAAUGAUGUAUAAUUAUACUAAUCAAUCAACAGUAUCCUAAAAAUAUUUGUAAAAUUUUAAUUCUAUCGAGGAUAAAUUAUUUCAAUUACGCACAAGCUAAUGUCUUUUAUUUAGUGACUUUAUUGCGCAUAAUAUUAAAUUUUAAUUAUUUAUUGUGGCCAUUGAUAAAUGAUAAUAUAUAUAUAUAUAUAUAUAUAUCGACAAUUAAAUCAAUGAAUGAAUUAAUUAUGUAACGACUUUAUUAAUGAAAUUGAUAUAAGCAGUCUUCUUACAAUCUUGCUCCCUUGCAGCUUGGAAAUAUAUAUUUAAAUAUAUAUAUAUUUAAAAUAAUAAAAUACAGAAUCAGUCAUUUUGUAAUUGAUAACAAUCAUUAAUCGAAACUAAAUAAAUCGCUAUGUCAAUAAUUAAUUCCGAUACGAUAUCACGGGAAAAUUCGGUUUCUUAUCUACGUCAAUUGAAAUAUAUUUUUUAUUUUCAUUACUCUAUUAUUAUUAUUUUUAAUAUUAAUCCGUAUAACAUAUAAACAUUUCCUAACUACAAUAAAUUAUUAUUAUUAUUAAGUAAUUAUUAAUAAACUUAUUUAUUUACACUAUUGAAAUAGUUGAUUACAAGAGUUCUAGACAUUGAAAAUACUAGGGUCGAAAAAAUUUACGAAAUUUCUAUUAAUUUUUUUUUUUCAAUACUUAACUAUUUAAUAAAUCCGGGUUUUAUGAUAAAAAUCUGUGCAUUUUUCGUAUGGCAGUGGUCACAAAUAAUUUUUAAUAAGGCAGUUGGGCAUCCUCAGACGCUGGAUUUGUUUUAAUAACUUUUUUCACCAUACCUGCACCGAAAGUUUAAAUUCCCCCGUGAAAAAAUAUUCUGAUCAGACUAUAUCAGGCCUGAUAUGGAAAUUGGCCAUAUCAGACUACAUAUGCUUUGAUAUAAAUUGUCUAUAAAAAAUUACAUCUGUAAAAGACCAAAUUUAUUUUAAAAAAAUAUGUAAAAAAUAAAUAUCAAUAAAUUUUUAUUGUGUAUAAAAAAAUCUAUCGUGUUCAACUUCCAUGACACAUCUUUUCGAAUACAAUUUGAGGUAACUUGAUAUUUUUAACCUCUAUAAAGGCUUAUCAAAUUAUAUCAAGUCUGAUCAGGAUUUUUAUUCACAGGUAUAUCAAUUUAUAUAUAUAUAUAUCAGACUAUAUAAAGUCAUAUCAAGUUAUAUCAAGCCUGAUCAGGGAUUUUUUUUUUAAGUAUAUCAAAGUAUAUAUAACUUUAUAAGGUUAUAUCAGGCCAUAUCAGGACCUAUUAGAAAUAAAUAUAACAUUAUAUAUGAGAUUAUCAAGCUAUAUCAAGUCUGAUAUAGACAUAUCAAAUUGAUAAGGCUUGAUCUGGCCUGAUAUGGCCAAUUUUCAUAUCAGGCCAGAUCAGGACCUAUCAAAAAUCAAAUAUGGACAUAUCAGAUCAUAUCAGGCCAGAUAUGAAUAUAUCAAAAAUUUUGAUAUGGCCUUAUCAGCUCAUAUCAAGCCUGAUCAGAAUAUUUUUUCACGGGCCUGCCCUGCUUAGAGGGAAGAAAGUCGUACUUUUCUCUGCUGAUAAAAUAAAGCGCAAGCGCCAUUAAUCAGAUGCAGAUCUGGUGAAAAAUAGUAUACAUCCCAUGGAGGAAAACAUGACGUCCCAAUCUGCGUGGAUUGGAAUUUCCUACUUUCCUUCCUUGGUGUGCAAUACACUAUUUUUUUUUUUCUGUUGAAAGACAACUUUGCGAUUGUGUCUCUCUCUUCAUCAGACUAAAACUGCACACGGACUUGUUGAGUCUAUACAAAUAUUUAAUAAAUCAAAGUAGUAAUACUAAUAAUAAUAAUAAUAAUAAUUUUAAUAAUAAUGUUAGGCAGACUGGUGUCCGUGGCAAUAUUGUCCAAGAAAGCCCAUCCACAGUUUAAAACAACGCCGACCCUAUUAUUAAUUAUUAAAUUAAACUAUUCGCAUAUUUAUUAAUUAAUUAAUUAAAAAACUUGAACUU